AUGGCUGAAGAAGAAACCUCUAGUAGCAACACUUUUGCUAAUGAUGGAAGCUUCAUGGAACUAUUCAAAAAGAAAAUGGAACAGCAAAAGGGUAUUCAAAAAAGUAACCUCCUCGAAAAACCUGUGACCGAGAGUACCCGGGUCAUUGAAUGUGUACGGACUGACACUGACUGUCCAUUGACUGACUCUAGUGAAGCAACAACUUCCGAGCUGAACAGAGAACCAACGCCUGUUCAUAAACCUUAUCAGGCGAUAGUUGGGAAAAGAAAGGCAAUGAUGAAGAGUAUUGAGCUCAGGGAGAAACGCAAGAAAAGGAGAGAGGAAUUGGAGGAACAGCAAAGUGCAGAGGACCAGGACAACAAAAGUAGUGCGUGGAAGUCGUACAUGGCUGAGGUGAAGUCGUAUGAAGCCAAGAAUUGUUCUGACACUGAUGGCUUGAAGAGACCUCUAGUGAAAUAGUUUGUGUAUUAUAUUGCUAACAGCUAUGUACUGAAUCAUAAUGAAUAUUAAUUUUUUAUUUGUGACUACUAUGCUCUGACUAUGCUCUGUUCAUGUACAAAAAAGUUAACUGGGCGGAGCCCCAAAAGUUA